UGUUUUCUCUUUUUCCUUUUCUCUUCCCCCCCUACCCCCCGAAGAAAUCAUUGUAGGUUUCGUGUCUUGGAAAUAUGGAAUCAAUCUCUAUGAUGGGGAGUCCCAAGAACCUCAAUGAAACUUUUCUACCAAAUGUUGCUAAUGGUAUCAAGGAUGCCAGUAAGGUCACGAUAGGCAUCAUUGGAAGUGGAGACUUCGCUAAGUCAUUGACAAUUAGACUCAUCAGAUGUGGGUACCAUGUGGUUGUAGGAAGCAGAAACCCUAAACAUGCCGCUGAGUUCUUUCCCCAUGUGGUUGAUGUCACUCAUCAUGAAGAUGCAGUAGCAAAAACAAACAUCAUUUUUGUAGCCAUACACAGAGAACAUUACAUCUCUUUGUGGGACCUCAAACAUUUACUUGCUGGUAAAAUUCUGAUUGAUGUCAGCAAUAAUACAAGAGUAGACCAAUAUCCGGACUCCAAUGCAGAGUAUUUGGCAUCACUUUUUCCUGAUUCCCUGAUUGUCAAAGGAUUCAAUGUCAUUUCAGCUUGGUCACUGCAGUUAGGACCAAAGGAUGCCAGCAGACAGGUCUAUAUAUGCAGUAACAAUGUUCAGGCUCGCCAUCAAGUUAUUGAGCUUGCCCGUAAGCUCAGUUUUAUUCCUAUUGAUGUGGGGGCAUUGACAUCUUCAAGGGAAAUUGAAAACUUGCCUCUGCGACUGUUCACCCUGUGGAAGGGGCCUGUACUGAUCGCUAUUAGCCUGGCAACAUUUUUCUUCAUCUAUUCGUUCAUCAGAGAUGUAAUCCAUCCAUACAUGAGAAACCAGCAGAGCGACUUUUACAAGAUUCCCAUUGAGAUUGUGAACAAGACUCUGCCAAUUGUUGCAAUCACUUUACUUUCUCUAGUGUAUUUAUCAGGACUUAUUGCAGCUGCUUACCAGCUUUACUAUGGCACUAAGUAUCGGCGGUUUCCACCUUGGCUGGACAACUGGCUCCAAUGUCGAAAGCAGCUUGGACUGCUCAGUUUCUUCUUUGCAACAGUGCACGUGGUGUACAGCCUGUGCUUACCCAUGAGGAGAUCGGAGCGGUACUUGUUCCUCAACAUGGCGUAUCAACAGGUUCAUGCAAAUGUUGAAAAUUCUUGGAAUGAGGAAGAAGUGUGGCGAAUUGAAAUGUAUAUUUCCUUUGGAAUAAUGAGUCUUGGAUUGCUUUCUUUGCUGGCAGUAACUUCCAUCCCUUCAGUAAACAGUGCCUUAAACUGGAGGGAGUUCAGUUUUAUUCAGUCAACACUUGGAUACAUUGCUCUGCUUAUAAGUACUUUCCAUGUACUGAUUUACGGAUGGAAAAGAGCUUUUGAAGAAGAGUAUUACAGAUUUUAUACACCACCAAAUUUUGUUCUUGCCCUUGUUCUGCCUUCCGUUGUAAUUCUAGGUAAGAUCAUUUUACUUUUGCCAUGUGUAAGUAGGAAACUGAGGAGAAUUCGAAGAGGAUGGGAGAAAAGCCGUGUUAUAGAAGAAGUAAGUGGGUCUGUUCCACAUCUCUCCCCAGAAAGGAUAACUGUAAUGUGAUGAUAUUUGUUAUCACUGUUGUACACGUUUGGGGUUUUUUGUCAUAAACUUGUAUUUUUAGAAGUUAAGUAGUAGUAAAGUCACUUGCUUGGCAUAUGGUACAAGCUAUGAUACUACCAAACUAUGAGAAGUUUAAAACUGGAUGACUAUUACUUCUGAUAACAACAAAAAUAUUUUUGUUUUGAAUUACAGAGAGCAGAUUAUUAUGAAAUCAAAAAUUUUUUAAUGUUCCUUUCCACAGUUACAUCACAACAGUAUUUUAUUACAACUAUGCUUUUCAGAUACUUCUUUGACUUAGAGCAUAUGCGUCAGAGUGCUGUUUAUUAAUACCACAUUUUCUGGGCAGUAUUUCUUCUAGUAAAACCAGACUUCUGUUACUGAGUUCAGAAUAUAGAUAAAUAAUUUAGGACAUAAUCAUGUUUUGAAACAAAUUAAUUUGUAAUGAUCACAGAAUCAUAUAAUCACAGAACAGUUUGAGUUGGAAGGGACCUUAAAGAUCAUCUGGUUCCAACCUCCCU